GAGAAAUCAGCUCGAAUUUUCGGUGAGGGUACUUUUGGUAAUUUUUCCAAUCUCCAUCUCUGCUUUAUAUUAGAAUUAAUCAGCAGAGAAGAAAAAAAGAGUGAAAGACCAUAAGCAAGAACAAAAAGAGAAAAGUCAAACAAUGGCGUUAGAAGCUCUUGCCGGAAUCAAUAACGAUCUAAUCACCAGAUCAUGGAUGGCAUCGACCAGAGCUUACAGCACCGACCACUUCCACAAGGAAGAAGACAGGGAAGUCGUCCUUGUCGCUUUCAAACCAUCUUUCUCCGACAAAGAUUGGUUUGCUCCAGAGAAUAAGUCUCCCUUUGGAGAAACCAAGAUGAAUCGUGAUCACUUCCCUUGUAUGAGAAGCAUCGGCAACGACGUUGACGCUACUGUUAACCAAGCUUUCCUUAAGAAUCUUCAAGUUCUCACUUCUCCAACAACCUCAUUUUGUGAUUAUGUCAAAACGGUUGUGGAAAGACGACAAAGUCAACGGAUAGUGUUCACAGGACACUCUACAGGAGGUGCUACUGCGAUCUUAGCAACGGUUUGGUAUUUGGAAACAUACUUGAAGAAGCAGAGGAGCGUUGGUUUCCCUUUCCCUGAGCCUCUUUGUCUCACCUUUGGAGCUCCUUUGGUCGGUGACUAUGUCUUCAACCACGCUCUUGGGAGAGAGAACUGGAGCCGUUUCUUCGUCAACUUCGUCACAAGAUUCGAUGUUGCCCCUCGUAUAAUGCUUUCUCGCAAAGCAUCAACAAAGCAAGCUAUGCCUCAUGCUCUUUCCCAGUUGGAUCCUAGAGCUGCUGCGAUCCAAGAAAACGACCAGAUCAUCGCAGGUUUUUACACAACGGUGAUGAAAGAGACAGCAACUGUUGCUCACCAAGCUGUCUGUGAAUUGAUUGGAUAUGGAGAUGCGUUUCUUGAAACUUUUUCCAGCUUCCUUGACCUAAGUCCUUACAGACCAGCAGGUACUUUUGUCUUCUCUACAGGGACGAGACUGGUCUCACUGAGCAACUCAGACGCCAUCCUUCAGAUUCUGUUUUACUCUUCUCAGUCACGCAACCAGCAUGAGUUGUCACUAGUUCCAUAUCAAAGCAUAAGAGAUCAUCGUAGCUAUGAAGAAAUGGUACACUCAAUGGCCAUGAAACCGUUGAAUCAUCUGGAUUUGCAUCACUUGCCUUUGGAUGGAGAUCCUUCACUCAGUGACCUCGGGCUGAGCACAAGAGCCAGACAAUGCGCGCGUGCAGCAUUUGAGGCAGAGAAACAACGAGUAGAUAACCAGACCAAGAUAUACAGCAAACUUAACAAAAUAGUAGAGAAGCUGACAUGGAUAGAGGAAGAAUACAAGCCGAGGUGCAAAACUCAUAAAAACGGCUACUAUGAUUCCUUCAAGUACUCUAACGAAGAGAAAGACUUCAAAGCCAACGUCAAUAGAGCUGAGCUGGCUGGUCUAUUUGACGAGGUGCUCGGUUUAGUGAAGAAAGGACUACUUCCAGAUGGGUUCGAAGGUCACAGAGAGUGGAUCGAGUUAUCAACUCGAUACCGCAGAUUAAUCGAACCACUUGAUAUUUCAAACUACCACAGACAUUUGAAGAACGAAGACACAGGGCCUUAUAUGCUUAAAGGAAGACCAAACCGAUACAAACAUGCUCAGAGAGGGUAUGAGCAUGAACUACUCAAGGCAGGGAAGAGUGCAGAGGAGAUAAAGGGAUCUGGUUGCGGAUCUUGCUUUUGGGCUGACGUUGAAGAACUCAAGGGAAGAGCAUAUGAAAGUGUUGAGGUUAAGAGAUUUGAGAAGUUAGUUGAAGGAUGGAUCAGAGACAGGGAGGUAGAUGAUGAGCAAAUAUUUCUGGAGGGCUCAACGUUUAGGAAGUGGUGGCAUUCACUUCCCGAGGAACACAAACGCUCUUCUCCGCUGCGAGAGCAUAUGGGUGAAACCACUUGA